AUGAACGAAAAGUUGACGAGUCGCGACCCAGUUGGAACUAUGAAAAAGUGGGAUGUCGAAAGAUUUAGAGAGUUCGUUGCUCGGAUAGCUAACCGGCGUCGAGUACUUGAAGAAAAGCAAAUUCUUGUCAACACGGCAAAUCGGCGAGAUUUGCGCAAAUGUCAGAAUAAGAAAGGAGCGCGAUUUCGCCGAAUCCAAAAAAUAGCCUCUAAAAAAAGCCUUGUGGCUCCCAUUGCAUCAUUCAUCAACACAUCGUGUGCAGUCGAACCGAAUGGAGAAUGCCAUUCCUCUAAAACAAGAUAUGAAGCUAAGGGUUUUAUUUUCAGGCGAAUUAGUCAGGAAGCGAAUUCUCUUCCUGGUCGAAGUCGAUUUCCAAAUUAA